CUGAAAUGAAAGUGACUUACCUGUCACCGUAGCGUUUGUGGAAGUUCUGCUUUGUGUUUAUUUUGUAAAUAUUCGGGGUUUGUGAAUGAGGUACACAACUGUACGUUUUUUUUAAAGACGUCAAAUUCCGGACUUCUACGCGCAGCAUAUGAAGGAGGGUGGCCCCUCGUCACCCAGCUGCUCCCCCUCCACCUCUGACCACUUCCCUCUCAGCCGCCUCAACACAGCUGCAUGUGGAAGUGAGACUUGGCACGAACCACGGAAACACGAAUCGGCAGGUCUCCCCAGGAUGAGGUCCAUCGUGCUCUUCUACGCGUGCUACCUGCUGUGCCUAUGCCUGAGCGUGGCCUGUGUGGCGUGCGUCUGCGUGUGGAGCAGGCAUUGGCGUGGCGGAUUCGCCUGGGACGGCACAGCCCUUCAGUUCAACUGGCACCCUGUCCUGAUGGUGACCGGUCUGGUGGUGGUGUACGGCAACGGUGCUGUGUUGUACCGUGUCCCUCUGACCUGGGGUCAGAAUAAACUCCCCUGGAAGCUCCUUCAUGCAGCACUGAUGCUCCUCUCCCUGAUCCUGUCAAUUGUGGGACUCUGCGCUGUCUUUGACUUCCACAACGCCCAAAACAUUGCCAACCUCUACUCCUUGCAUAGCUGGAUUGGGAUCGCAGCUAUGGCACUUUUUGCCAUGCAGUGGGUGGCGGGUUUGGCUGUCUUCCUCCUGCCUUGUUCCCCCAUAUCACUACGUAAACUCCUGAAGCCCGUCCACGUGUGGCUGGGAGGCAGCAUACUGUCACUCAGCAUCGCGGCCUGUAUCUCCGGCAUCAAUGAGAAGCUCUUCUUUGUUCUGAAGGGAAAAACCAAUGGAACUCAGCCAUACACUUCACUACCGAGUGAGGCUUUGUUAGGAAAUUCAUUAGGUGUCCUGAUUGUUGCCUUCGGCUUGGUAGUCUUCAAGAUUUUGUCCAACCACAGAUGGCAGAGACCAGACUCCAGGCCUGAGGAUAUGACUUAUGCGCCGUUGCUUCAAGAAGAAAAUGAUUGAAGGGAAACUAAAAAACCACCGGAGCAGAAUCACUGAUCACAAGUGGCUGAAGAAUCUUUGUUCUGAUGUAGCAGCUUCCUGCAUGUGUGAGAAUUAUUUGUCUGUUGUUGGGGUAAAUAUUUAUUUCAAAUUAUAUUUAAAAUUGCUGUCUUUGUCCAACGAAUAAAGUGUUUUUAAUCAAUGA